AUGUCAUUUGGCUCAGAGGGCACGUCAUAUUCCAAGAAGGCGCGUCCUGAGUCGCUCCUGCCUCAGGCCACACAGGGUCCACUCGUGCUUGGGAUCGCUUUGGUAGACUUCGAUCAUCUGGUCGGACCCAAGAUUGAGUUCUCCCGUGGGGACGUCGUCGAGGACGAGGAGAUCGCCAAGAUCUUACCGUUCCUCGCGCUUCCUGAUGGUGCUCACUUAUCUUCCGAAGACUACUCGUACUUCCAUCUCGUACCAUCAACAUCUCCGAGUCCUACCACUAUUUUUGGUAUUUCGUGUAACCGCCAGAUUAGUGCCGCAGAUCUGCUCGUGAAGGAUCCAGACGUUACACGGUCUACGGUACAGAAAGCUGUCGUCGUGCUUGCGUCAAAACCGGUGUUCGGUCUCAUACGCGACCGACUUGGUGUUAUUACAAAAGCGUUAUUCGCUCAGCGUAACUUCUCUGACAUGAGCAUCUUGGAUGACUUCCAUAUGUCAUUGGAGCACUCGCUUCGUAGUCAGAUGACUGAGAGUGGGUUGUACAUGGGUGCACGAGAACUUGUGCAUACAUUUCGACAGCGAACGCUGGUCCUUCUUAAGGCGCUCAUGUUGCAGAAGAAGAUUAUGUUCUUUGGACAUCCCGUGGAACGGCUUUGCACGUAUCAAUACUCACUUGUCACACUAAUGCCAGGCUUGCUGCAAAAUUUGGAUGAUUGCGGGUCACCGCCCCUUGCCGCCCGCGCGCAGACGCUCUCCCGUCCCACGUCAUUAAAGACGUCCGAUCCCAAGAGCAUGAUGACAUUUGUUGGUAUGCCCCUUGAUCUAUUCGGAAAGGAUGCGUUCUUCCAGCCGUAUUUGCCAUUACAGCAGCUCGACAUGCUAAAGGAUACGCAGAGUUGGUUGUGUGGGAGCACGAACACAAUCGUCACGCAGCAGAAGGAAGUGGAUAUCCUUGUUAACGUAGAAAACGGCACGAUGGAGUUUCGCGACCCCAAACUUGAACGGAUCGCUGGGUUAACGCCCGCAGACAGAAAAUGGAUGGAUGAUAUCGUUCGAGACGUGAACGAUACCUUUGUGGAAGACCCCACGAAACCGUUGGACAUGCACUUCAAGGGCAGUGACGAUUACUUACGGCAGAAGGCACGCUUCAUGGCUUCUGUGUAUGCAAUAUUGUACUCAUCCUUUGCUCAGUUUGAUGAGUAUAUCUCUGCUGUGUUGUCCUCUGUUAAGUACGCGGAUUUCCUGGCGAAAGUACAAGCAGGUGGUAUCGGCAUUGAAGCAGGUAUGUGUUCUGAGAUGUCACACGUCAUGCCUGGUACAUCUCAUCGAUGUGACCCGAACUCAACACAAGACUUUAAUGCGCUCUGGAUCAAAGAGUUCAAGAAGACAAAUGCAUAUGAAGUCUGGCAACGCGUCACUGAACCCAAUCUCUUUGACUUUGUUGAAGCAAGACAUCCAUGUAGCGACAAGCCAUCCGUCGUCGCGGACAUCGGCCUCCGGCUAUCGGAGGGCAUACAGGAACUUAAGCUCGAUCAGCAGCUCGCGCCCACGCGGGAGGCGAUAUCACGCACACUGGCAUCGGGGUCGACGAAUUUGAUGAAAGCAAUGGAAGGCGUACGUGGCCGGUGGAUGUCGCGG